AUGGCUCCCCAUCCAGGGACUGAGGCAGAAUAUCUCAGGGAGAAAGCUAGGAGAGACCUUCUUAGCCUCCUAGAGGGGGUUCGCGGGAAGAAGAAUCUUGUGGUUAGCAAAGACCUAGCCGGGCCGGUCGGCCUAUUUGUGAAGUUCUCCGUCCUCCAGGAAUAUGGGGUAGACCGGGUAUUUCUUCUCGAGAAUAGAAACGUCGAUUCCUCUCAACGGAAUGUUAUCUUCCUGAUUCACGCAGAGAAACCAAAUCAUGUACAAUCUGCUGCUGAUCAAAUAAAAAGGCUGCAGAAAAAUGAGUCAAACAUUGAACAUGAGUUCUCUGUCUUCUGGGUACCAAGACGCACUUUAGUGUCUAAUCAAAUUCUAGAGGAAGAAGGCGUCAUAGGGGAUGUCAGUGUUGCAGAGUUUCCUCUGUAUUUUCUCCCGCUUGAAAACGAUGUCCUCUCCCUUGAACUGCCCGAUGCAUUUAGUGAUUUAUACUUGGAUCAUAAUCCCCAACCAAUUUAUCUAUCAGCCAAAGCUUUGAUGCAAAUACAAUUACGACAUGGAUAUUUUCCUCGAAUUGUCGGAAAAGGAGACAAAGCUCGAAAGGUUGUCGACCAAUUGCUCCGAAUGAGGAGAGAAUUAGAUGCUGAAGGCAGUCUGGGUGGAUCAGGUGGCAAGCUCAUGGCGAGCAACACGAUUGAGAACCUCAUCAUAAUUGACAGGGAUGUAGACUUUGCCACAGUUCUCAUGACACAGCUGACUUAUGAGGGACUUGUCGACGAGCUUUUUGGGAUCAACCAUAACCACACCGAAGUUGAUACCUCAAUCAUUGGAUAUGCGGCCCCUCAAGCCUCAUCUAAUUCUUCAAACACAUCUAAACAAAGCUUGAAAAGGAAAGUUCAAGUCGAUUCCUCCGAUCAGCUCUUUUCACAGCUCCGUGAUGCUAAUUUUGCAAUCGUCGGUGGCAUAUUAAACAAAGUUGCAAGGAGGCUCGAGAGCGAUUAUGACAGCCGACAUGGAGCGAAAUCAACCUCAGAGCUACGUGAAUUUGUCAACAAAUUACCAGCGUACCAAGCAGAGCACAGUAGCUUGAAGAUUCACACUAACCUUGCCGAAGAAAUUAUGCGUCGCACUCGGUCGGAUAUAUUCCGCCAAACCCUAGGAGUGCAGCAGAAUAUCGCUGCAGGUGCAGAUUCCACUUCCCAGUACGAUACAAUUGAAGAGCUUAUCGCUCGUGAUGCCCCGAUCACCACGAUCUUAAGGUUGCUCUGCCUUGAUUCCUGUAUCAAUGGCGGCCUUCGGCCCCGGGACCUGGAUAAUUUCAAGAAACAAGUCCUCCAAGGAUAUGGUUACCAACACCUUCUGACAUUAAGCAACCUAGAAAAGAUGGAACUUUUACAACCUAAGGUUCCUUCGACCGGUAUUUUACUACAGGGUGGUUCAAUUAGUGCAGCCGGGGCAAAAACAAAUUACAACUCGCUCCGCAAGUCACUCCGCCUAAUUGUGGAUGAAGUUGAUGAGCAAAGUCCCAACGACAUUUCGUACGUUUACAGCGGCUAUGCUCCCUUGAGUGUUCGACUCGUUCAGUGUGUGUUGCAGAAGGCAUACGUCCAGGCACUUGUUAAGGGGAAUCAUUCACCUCAAGCUGCAGCUGCAGCCGCGGGUGCAGCAUCAACAACUCCGGGCUGGCUAGGAUUUGAAGACGUCGUGAAGAAUGCCCGGGGCUCAAGUUUCAAUAUAGUCCCGAAGGGAGAUGAAAAGGCUGCCCGAGCGCGCCAGACCUUAACAGGAUCUGGAGGAGCGAAGACAGUUUUCGUUUUCUUCCUAGGUGGUAUAACAUUCACCGAAAUUGCUGCAUUGAGAUUUAUUGCCCAACAUGAAGCAGGACGUCGAAAUAUAAUUAUAUGUACUACGGCGAUUUUGAACGGAGAUAGGAUGGUCAGGGCAGGAAUGGAGCAAGGGAAUUUGCAAAACGUGUGUGAUAAUUAA